GGCUUGAGGGACCGACUGGGCACGCGCGGGCGGGAGGAGAGACCGCGGCUGGACGCGGGGUGGGCGGUCCCCGGCGCCGCGGCCCCAGGCAAAUACCCCUCACCGCCCGGGCGUCCCGUCCUCCCCUCUGGCCUCGCGGGGUUGGCGGGGCGGGUCCGCGGCCGGGCCCGGGAGGGGCGGAGCCCGCGGGAGUGCGGGGAGGAAGGCCGCGCAGGGGUAGGUGGUCCCCGAACCAGGUCCCAGGAGGAGGUGGAGUGUCCGUGUUGGAAGGUGCGGGGACACUGGGCUUAGCGCUUUAUUCGGCGUUACCGCCGAGUCUUCAUCCGGAAACUGGCACUUCCGCUGUGACGGUGGAGGACACUGAAACCUCAGUAACUGCCGGAGGCAGACACACAGCGAGUGGUAGAGUCCUAAAUUGAAUUCCCACGCCGCCACCCUUGGCCCUCCCUCUGCACGGCCUCGCCGCUGCACCCGGACGGGAAGUGUUUGCAAACGUCCUUUGAGUAUCUUUUGUCUCUGCUUUGUAUUCCUUGGCCCUCCGAGCGAAAAUACCUAGGUGGAUGGCCCAGCUCCUACCUGCUAGGUUGCGUAUACCUGAACCAGUCGCUACAAAUACAAAGCGAAGGGCUCCGCUGAGUGCCCCGCCCCCAGGGAGGGGGGCGUGGCCAUCAGCUGGAGUUGCCGAAUGCCUCGGGAAGCAGGCCGAUUUGAGCUGGGGGUAACCCGGAAGAUCAGUGAAAGAACGUUCCAGAUCUGGGGCGCCAAAGCAAAGACUCACAGUUUCCCCCCAACAGGUACAGAUCGCACCGGGAAGCUGAACACAAUCCUUUCCUGCUGCCGUGGAACAGGUGUUGAAAACCCAGAUAGCCGCAGGGAUGGGCAGGAUUCUGCCCUAUCCCUCAGCUCUGCAUUUGAUGGCUGGGAUCCUGGGGAUCUUGUUUUCCUCUGACUGUUGGGAUUCCUGUUACCAUCAUAUGAAUUCUUCCCCCGGCCACAUCACCAUCCCACCAUCUGGAAUUGUGCUAAGGAAUCUGGGUUUAGACACCUGAGUAUCAAGUUCUGUCCCUGAGGAAUUCUCCGACCUUGGUGGACUGUGGACUCUGUUUGGGGCAUCUCUUUUUGGCAUGAUAUUCUCCUGACAAAUCUGUACAUAACGUAUAAUAUUUCCAUUUCUGGAAACACCCUGCUGCCUCAAUUCAGAGCCAUCAAGCCUGUACCCGAAAGUGUCUCCCAGCCUUGGGAGCACCCAGGUUCAUUUCGACUCACUGUUUUUUGUUUUUUUUUUUUUCCGGAAAUAUGUGGCUCUCAGCUCAGGCAAUGUCAAAACAGCCCAGGCCUACAGACCUCCCAGGAGGACAGAACUUUUUUUUCUUACCCACGAAGCGGGACUCACAUGGUUGGAUAGGAGACCUUGUCUUUAUUUCCGGGAUCUUCCAUAUAAUAUUCACAUGACUCACGUGCCAAGUCAUUUAUGCUGGCGUGGCUUCAUUCCAGGUACCCUCCACUCUCCCUUCCCCAGUCCCGAUGUGGCUGCCAGGAAUGGUCCCUGUGGCUGCAGCUGGCCUUGUCUGAAGAGGUAGCAACCUUUGGCGGGUAUGACCGAAGACUAGAGGUGUUUGGAAGCCUCUGGAAGGACUGCUGAAGGGUGCAGGGACACAAUGCUGGACAGUCAUGAGAAUGUGGUCCCUCGGGGAUCCUUCUUACAGCUCUCCAUGAUGCCCCAGAAAGCUGGAAAUGACUCCCCUGGUGUUUCCAGCACAAAUGAAACGGAAAUGGAGACAAGUAACAUGAGAGAAAAGUUUCUUACAAGUGUGACAAAGUUAGUAGAAAGCAAAAGUUACAACAGCAAGGUAUUUUCCAAAGAAAAGUACUUUCAAACAAUAAAGGAAGUCAAAGAAGCCAAGGAAAAGGGGAAGAAGUCAUCACGUGACUACCGCCGCGCAGCAAAAUAUGACGUGAUCUCUGUGCAAGGCACGGAGAAGCUAAUAGAGGCCGCUCACAGGGAACGUGAUCGAAUACGGUAUUACGUACAUAAGGAAGAGUUGUUUGACAUUCUUCACGACACACAUCUCAAUAUUGGACACGGUGGGCGGACACGGAUGCUCAAGGAGCUACAAGGAAAAUAUGGGAAUGUCACCAAAGAAGUCAUUGUCUUGUAUCUGACACUCUGUAAACAGUGCCACCAGAAGAACCCAGUGCCCAAGAGAGGUCUUACGCCCAAGCCCGUGCCUUUUAAGGACAUCGACUCCAGGUGCCAAGUUGAAGUACUUGACAUGCAGUCAAAUGCCGAUGGGGAGUUCAAGUUUAUUUUGUAUUACCAGGACCACUUGACCAAGUUUAUCAUCUUACGACCGUUAAGAGCUAAACAGGCCCACGAGGUGGUCAGUGUCCUGUUGGAUAUUUUCACAAUUCUCGGUACCCCUGGCGUGUUAGAAUCUGACAGCGGCGUAGAGUUCACAAACCAGGUUGUUAAUGAGCUCAAUGAGGUAUGGCCGGAGCUGAAGAUCGUCUGUGGUCAGCACCGCCCUGGCCAAGGCCAGGGCUCCCUGGAGCGAGCGAGCCGUGACGUCAAGAACAUGAUACGUGCCUGGAUGCAGAAUCACCGCUCACGCCGCUGGGCCGAAGGCCUGCGAUUUGUGCAGCUGGCGAGGAAUCAGGUGUUCGACGUUUCCUUGCAGCAAAGUCCGUACGAAGCGAUGUUUGGCUGUAAGGCCAAACUCGGCCUGUACUCCUCACACUUACCCCGCGAAACCGUGGCCGUCUUACAGACAGAGGAAGAGCUGGAAAUUGCGGAAAAACAGCUAGAAAGCAGCCUUUGGAUCAGGCAGGAAGAAAGGACUGAGAUGGGAGCAGACAGAUCUGAUAUGGAUGAGGACAUCGAUCCCACGCCUCCGGAACCUACAGAGCCCAGCACCUCACAGGGGGCCCCAGGCCUCUUCUGCUGGUGAACGGGCGCCUGCUGGGCGCUGUCCAGCCAUCUGAGAACUGUCGCCAGAUUCCCCGGGAAAAGGAACAUGAAGGCUGCGCUCUCCACAGUCGCUCACGUUGUCCACGGCAGUGCUUGCAACGAGGGGAAAAGCGGGCCGGGUCCGUAGCAAAUGACCGCAAACUUAGCGGCUUAACAGGAAUAUACACUUUGGCAGCUCUGGAGGCCAGAAGUUCAAGAUCAAGGUGUCGGCAGGGCUUGUUGCUUCUGGAAGCUCGGAGAGAAUCCGUCCCGUGCCUUUCUCCUCUCCCUGGUGGCCGCUGGCAGUCCUCUGCGUUCCUUGGCUUCCUCCAGUCUCUGCCUCAUCUUCACGUGGAGCUUCGCCUGGCCUUUCCCCCUCUGUCUCUCUGCGAUCUCCUUUUCUGUCUCUUAAAAGGACACCACGGCAUGCCAACCCCAUGCCAUUGGAUUUAAGGUCCUCCCCUAUCAGGGAUGAUCUCCUCUCGACAUCCUCACCUUAAUUGUAUCUGCAAAGACCCUUUGUCCAAGUGAGGACCAAUUCACGGGUGUUGGGGAUUUGGACUUGGACAUACCUUUCUUGGGACACAGUUCUACCAACAGCAGCCAGUAGGAGAGUAUUUCUGCCUGCAGAACCUGAACCGAUGGGGUCUUAAGUGUGGUGCCCUACGUACAGCUAGUACGUAUUCCUUCUGCCAAGCCCCCCUCCUCAGACAACAUCCCGAAAGGUGGGGGCAUCGGAGGAAAAGGUGUCGGGAGAAAAGAGGCGAGCGGCCACCUCGGCAGCUGAGCUCUAUUUCCUGCUUCAAGAAGAACUGUGUGCGCCACCCCUGCUGUCACAAUGGCAUGCGCAGGCAACUGUGACCUGCCUGAAACCUAUUUUAAAAGGUCAGAAUUAAGGCGUGGCCGGGGUUUGGGUCUGAAUCUGCCAGUGGUCUAUGCCUCAAGAAUAGAAAAGCGUGUCUGUCUGGAGCAGGUCAGCGCGUUCCAGGAAGUGCCCAGUAGCCAGGGAAGCAACCGGAGACCGGAGCAGAGUGCAGACGUUGGCCGGAGGUCACGGCUCCACCCAGAGAAUGGAGCAAAGGCCAGUCUGGGUCACGGUUCAGGGUAGGGAUCGCCAGCCUGGCCGAAGAGAACGAUGAUCCCCUGGAUCUGUGUUCUGCUGUAUUCCCAAGGCCCAGACGAAUCCCUAGCCCAUCAGAGGUGUUCGGUAAGGAUUUGUCGUGGGAACAGGAGAUUCUGCAGAGACGGGUACCGGGAAGGAGGGGCCUGCAGUCGUCAUUCUCCCGGGCCACCCUUCCUGCAUGUCCUGGAGCCAUCCGAACGAAGCCCAUUCUGCUCGCCCCCUAGUGCCAGGUUCCUCCGUGAGGGGCGGCACCGACCCCCGCCUGCAGGAGGGGAGACACUGGGUGCUUGUGAGAGGCCGUGAGACAAUGUGCGUGAAGGGGCUUUCUCUGAACACCGAAGUGGGAGUUGUCCCUGGGGGAGUUGUCCCCCAGCAGAUCCCACCCCUCACGUGAAAGCCGGAGACCUCCCCCGUUCCUUUGCUGGUUAAACAUUGCCGCGAUGGGUAUCCAGGGAGGCCACGUUAUCCCUAGAAAGGAGGUGAUACCAUUUUGCAGCUUGUUUGGUGGGAGGGGGAUCUUGCUCUGUCUUUGGCCAGGACCUCGCUCUCCGUUGCCCCUUUGUCACUCGGCCUGGCCGGGGCGUCUGGGAGGCCGAGCUUUCUAAUGUUACCGCCCCUCCCCCAUACUGACCGACUACCUCCUCGUCGCCCGCAAGCCAGGAGCCACAUGGUCAACUCGUGUGGGUGAGAGGUGAGGUGAGCCACGGCAUCGCUGUCCUCCUGGGGUGGUGGGGGAGGGCGCCCCAGAAUACGUGCACGUGCAUUUCCGGCCCAUUGCUAAAGACUGGCCCGUGAAGUCAGAAAAUGAAUCCAGGCCGGAAACCGACCUCUGUGUCUUUAAGAAUUUGUGAUGGGGCACCUGGGUGGCUCCAUUGGUUGAGCCUCUGACUUUGGCUCAGGUCGUGAUCUCACGGUUCAACGCGGUUCGUGGGUUCAAGCCAGCGUCACACUGGCUCUCAAAAAUAAAUGAACGUUGAAAAAAAAUUUAACAUGCAAAAAAAAAAAAAGGAAAAAAAGAAUUUGUGAUAAAAGCGACAUUCCACAUCUGUGGGGAGGAGUUCUAUUAUUCAGUUAAUGGUGCUGGAUCAAUUAGCUAUCCAUCAGGGAAAUGUGAAGCCUGAUUCUUCAGCAAAACACAAAACUAUAAAAAUAUGGGGGAGGGGAAAACGGAGGGUUUUUGUGAUCUCGGGAUGGGGAAAGCCUUUGCGAGCAACGCAUGAACUUCAAACGCCAUAAAAGAAAGUUAACCUACUUCCCCUAAUGAACAGUUCAAAUGGCUAUGGAAAAUAAUGCCAUUUGAAACAUGAAAAGAUAAAUGACAUCGGGAGAAAAAAUUUGCAACACUUAAAACACGCAAGGCAUUGGGGCACCUGGGUGGCUCAGUUGGUUAAGCGGCCGACUUCGGCUCAGGUCACGAUCUCACGGUCCGUGAGUUCGAGCCCCGUGUCGGGCUCUGUGCUGACAGCUCAGAGCCUGGAGCC